AUGUCGUUGGUGUGGCUAGAAGCAACUCUACCUCUUGGAAUCAUCAGAGGAAUGCUUUGUAUCAUGGGAAAUUCUCAGUAUUACGUCCACAAAGCUUAUCAUGGCCGACAGCAGCUAUGCAAGGUUGAUUCAGAGGGCAAUGUGAGGAAGGUGGUUGGAUGCUCUAGUGUCGUAGUCAACGUAAAGAAGAGUCUUUUGCUUGAAAAUGAACUCAUUAGAGAACAUCCGAGUCUCCAAGCUUCUCAGAUCCUCUCUGAUAUCUCCUCUAGAUAA